AUGGACGUGUGGGGGAAGCAGCGUGAGCUGAGGUUCUAUCUCACCGAUGUGCCCGCCAAGAUGCGAUUCCAGUGGAUGUUAUGUGGUGAGAAACAGGGAUGAAGGGGAGGAAAGGCAGGGUGAAAACUGCUGUUGGUGUUUGUUGCGUCGACUGUGCAGCGCUCUCGGGUUUAUGGCUGUUGGUGGCGGGGCCAAUCUCGAUUGUCCUUGUGCCCGACUCCAAAUGGGCUGGGCUGGGAUGGACUAUCAGCGGAAUUGGUGGGUGCCAACCAGUUCACAGCCAUUCUCUGCUCACUUGUUUGGUGCUUGUUUGUGUGUCUGAAGUGGGAGAUCCCCUGCUACUGGCUGCCGUCGAUAUGCUAUUUCCUUAUGGGACGUACAAGAGUCUGGCUACUCAAUGCUUGGCACUUAUGUAUGGGGUCCUCAUAAUGGCCUUCAAUCUCUUCUACGGACGUAAGCACUAAACGGAAAAAACACUUCGCGUCGCAUAGCUUUCUGUUUCUUUCCGUUUCUGUCCAGCGAUCGGCUAUGCGGCUAGUAUGCUAGUGUUAUCUGUCUACAUGGGACUUGCCGUGCCCCCUUUUACUGUCAUUGCCCAGCCACGACUGUUCACAAAUGAUGAUAUGCUGA